UGUCAAAGCAGGCGCUGUGUUUUCAUUUCCCAGGACCGAUCCGGCCGAAAAAAAAAAAAUCGUAUCGGGAAAUUGGUGUGCAGCGCAACCGGGGAUUUUCCUAGCGACCACCACCAGAUUUAAAGGCACUCCCGUCGUACAGCAGCAACAGCAAUAGCAAUGGCCCUUCGGUUGUUUCGCCUGAGCCAAGAUGUGGUCACCCCGCUGAUCAAGCGUAACUGCUCCGUGUCGGCGUUUGAGCUGCAGCACAAAAACCCGGUCGCCCGGAAGGUGGAGAAAAUCCCGAAGGCGCAGUAUGGUGGGCGACACACGGUAACGAUGCUGCCCGGUGGUGGUAUCGGCCCGGAGCUGAUGAGCUACGUGCGCGAAGUGUUCCGGUUUGCGGGAGUGCCGGUGGACUUCGAGAUCGUCGACAUUGAUCCGUCGAGCGAGGGCAACGACGAUCUGGAGUACGCGAUCACCUCCAUCAAGCGUAACGGUGUCGCGCUCAAGGGCAACAUCGAGACAAAGUCGGAAGCGACGGGCAUUCUGUCGCGUAAUGUGGCGCUCCGGAACGAGCUCGAUCUGUACGUGAACGUGCUGCACUGUAAAUCGUUCAACGCCAUUCCGGCCCACCAUCAGAACGUGGACGUGGUGAUCGUUCGCCAGAACACCGAGGGCGAGUACGCCAUGCUUGAGCACGAGAGCGUGCGUGGAGUGGUGGAGAGCAUGAAGGUGGUGACGAUCGAGAAUGCGGCUCGAGUCGCGCGGUUUGCGUUCGAAUUCGCCAAGAACAACAACCGCAAGAAGGUGACGACCAUCCACAAGGCCAACAUCAUGAAGCUGGCUGACGGUCUGUUCCUGAAGGUGGCAAGAGAUAUCGCGAAGGAGUACCCGGAUAUCCAGCACAACGACAUGAUCAUCGAUAACUGCUGCAUGCAGCUGGUCUCGAAUCCGCACCAGUUCGAUGUCAUGAACACGACGAACCUGUACGGUAGCAUCACGUCGAACGUGCUUUGCGGACUGGUUGGCGGAGCAGGCCUCUUCUCCGGUCGUAACUAUGGUGAUCAUUAUGCCGUCUUCGAACCGGGUACCCGUAACACCGGUACGGCCAUCGCUGGCAAGAACGUGGCCAAUCCAGUGGCCAUGCUGAGUGCAGCCGUCGAUAUGUUGUACCAUCUGGGACAUCGCUAUCAUGCCGAUUGUAUUUCGGAUGCGCUUCACAAGACGAUCGACAUCGAUGGAAUUCAUACACCGGAUCUCGGUGGCACAAACACCAGUACCGACAUCGUUCAGAAUGUGUUGAAGCAUCUGGCAGAGAAGAGAACGUACUGGUUCCCGGCGUAUGCGUACAUGUGAAAAGUUAGGCUAGAAACAGUACAUUCGAAUCUAUACCAAAGCCCCAACCAACACUCCCUUAACCAAUCGUGCUUCCUUCCGUUACCCAAUUCAUAACAUCUAACCCGUGGUCGGUGGGUUGUUUUUGGGGAAGUGACGUUGUAGCCAUAAUUGGUGCUGGGGUGUAUUGCUGAACUGAAGCAGAGCGACAACAGGACGAACAGAAGAAACCCUUAAACCAGAGUACAUACAUAAACCAAUCGCACCAUACGGGGUCAAUUUGGACAUUAGAGGCGUGAUGUGAGAAGCGAUGCGAAAUUAAACAUAAAACUGCUAAACAAGACACGAAAUUUAAUUUCAAACGAUUACAACCAAAUAUAAAAAUUCAUACUCCGUCGUGCUUAGCUACGAAUGGUUCAAUUCAGUCAUGUUGUUGCUUCAGUGGAAACAAACAGGAAAACAGAACAUUUUGGGUUGUUUUCUCAUAUUUCCAUUAUGUAGGAUUUGUUUUGUCAUUUUACAUUUUCCCCGUGUUUUUGUUUUCUAUAAUGUUGUGGCUUUUCCUAUUUUCUUGAUCCUGAUCCUUACUCCCCCAUCUGUUUUGUUUGUUCUAGUGUGAGUUCUGAUUUAUGUUAUGUCCAUUUAUCGCAAUAUUGCAAUCCUUAAUAUCACAUUUGGAUUUGUUUCUAUCGCUCGGCCACAUUAUAGAAUGUUUAACGAUACCAGAGUGCAUUAGAAAGAAAUACCUACACUUGGUGUUACGGGUUUGUCGUCUCGUUCGGCACCAUAAUGUGUAUUAUCAUAUUUUGUCGCGUGUUGUUUCUAGAGUCUACGAUAUGUACCAGUACGGUUGUGACCGAACGUGUGGUGAAUGGUUUUGCGUUUGUGUUACGUACUAAAAGUUGAACUAUAUCGUUAUCAAAGGGUGUACAAUAUAAUUUUCUUCCGUUUGUGUUAAGUUUUUCUUCGCAAAGAGUGAGGUUCCCCAACAAAAUUGAGAAAAUUUACAAACAUUUUAGCAAGCAAACCGAUUUCAGCUACUCCACGGCAUCGUAACCUAUAACAGAAAGGAUACGAUGCUGGAACGGCUAGGAAAAGUUAAACAUUUAGACUAGGAAUUCCUUGAAUUGUCUUGAUCGUUUAAAACAAGGAAAUCUCACUUUAUACGAAGGUGACAAUUGACCAUAGCCAAAAAGAAUUCUUCACCUAUUCACACCCAGAAUACUUUUUUUUCUUUUCCCAUUCCGUACAAUGUGUCUGCAUCGCGUUUCG